AUGGCAGGCAGGCGCAGUCUCCUAUCUCUGGCUUCUAAAGCCUCCAUCCGAGCUCUACGAGCGCGGACGGAAACUUUGUUCCUCGAUUCCCUCAUCCCUGCCUCUACGCGGUCCAAGAGCACAACCUCGACCUCAGCGUUGGCUUACAAGGCUCUCCAUCGAAGAUCACCACUUCCCCUUCCGGUCUCGGACGCCUCACCCCAGUAUGGUGCCGCCGCAGCUGUGUCUUCCAUUCUCUACGAAACCCCGGUAGCUUCUCAGGCGCCUCCGAAGAAACAUAUCCUGAACUGCUUGGUGCAGAAUGAGCCGGGUGUCUUGUCUCGAGUGUCCGGUAUCCUUGCUGCUAGAGGCUUUAAUAUCGAUUCUCUGGUAGUAUGCAAUACCGAAGUGGAGGAUCUGAGUCGAAUGACCAUCGUCUUGCAAGGCCAGGACGGCGUGGUCGAACAAGCUCGAAGACAGCUGGAAGACUUGGUGCCCGUUUGGGCCGUGCUUGAUUAUACCUCUGCUGCCCUCGUUCAGCGCGAAUUACUCCUGGCUAAGAUCUCAAUCUUGGGCCCGGAGGUAUACGAAGAACUGAUGGAACACCAUCGUGAGAUGACGAGCCCUGAAACGGAAUCGAGCGCUGGCGCUGAAAGCGCGGAGGAAAAUGCAGAGAGAAGACUUCAAGAAUUGGAAAAGAACCAGGCCGAAGAAUCGAGCAUUCUUCAACGAGCGAAAGAAAUCAUCGGUCAAGGCGCUAGUUACCAUCCCAGCCGUUUGGCAGCUAGUCAGGCAUUGCGUCACAAGCACGAGCAUCUGGAAGCCAUCACUCAUCUGACGCACCAGUUUGGAGGAAAAGUUCUCGAUAUCAGCACGAAUAACUGCAUUGUGGAAGUCUCUGCGAAGCCAAGCAGGAUUGAUUCGUUCAUGAAACUGAUUGCACCAUUUGGAAUCCUCGAAUCGACCAGAACGGGUCUGAUGGCGCUGCCUCGGUCCCCUCUGUACGGACCUGAUGAGGAUCUACAACGGGAUGCCGACGAUGUGGUUGAUGCGAGUACACUCCCUCCCGGUUAA